AUGAAUGAGAAUCAUAACUGGACGACAUUUUACACACCAGUAAACAAUUUGAUUGAUUGUGUAAUGUUAGAACAAGGACAUCCAAAUGCCAGUAAAAUAUUAUGUGAUAUUUCAAUAUUUCUUGGAAGUUUUAUGGCUUAUAUAUUCCCAUUGAUUGGAGUCUUUCAUUUGAUUUCUAAUUGUAUUGUUGCUAUAAUAUUUCUAUAUUAUCUAGUGCAACAUAAUAGACAAUUUGUAUAUCUAGGAGUUCUUGCUAUAUCAGAUAUUUCAUUAGUUAUUAUUAUUGGAUGGUUAUAUUGGUUUCCUACAUUUGGUUUACCAUUUGCAACAUCAGGAAAUGCAUAUUAUUUCAUUUCAUUAACAUCAACUAUUAGUUGUAAAUUGUAUAUGUUCUUUCAAUCGGUUACAUGUAUUUUUCGUGGAAAUAUCUUUCUAAUAAUGGCAUUCGAUCGUUUGUUGUUAAUUCAUAAACCAUUAAUCUUUAGGAAACAUUCCAAAUAUAUUGUCUGGAUAAUAAUCAGCACAGUCUUCAUUAUAACUAUUCUAAUGUCAUUACCCAUUUCCAUCAAUAGUGAUUUGAUUCUCAUAACUAAUCGUAAUAUAUGUUGGCAUAAACACUACAUUGAUUUCCUAAUCAUUUAUCAAGCUUUAUUUUCAUACACAUGUCUAACACAAUUUUUAAUUGUCAUUAUGAUUGAUACAUUUUUCUUGGUGAAAGUGAUACGUUGGUCACGUGGUCGUCCUCAACCAACGGAUACACAAACAUCAAUUAUGAUAAACAAUUCACGUACUGUCACAAUGCUUAUCCUUCAUAUUUUUGCAUUUUUAUGUGCAUUACCAUGUGGAAUAUCUUUUCUUCUUACAAUCUCUGUUGAUCGUUUAAACUAUAACAUUCCACUAGGAUUACUCUAUUUCCUUCUAGUCUUUCUAAAUAUAGGAUGGACUUUAAUUUUUCUUCAGUCAUCUUUAAACAUUAUUAUAUAUUGUAUUCACAUUGAGAAAUUCAAAAGAAUUCUAUUCAAACCACUAUUUGCUUGUCGUAACUAA